AUGGCUACCACACCGCCUGCCCAGAUCACUGCCUCUCCAGAAACUCCUCCAACACCUCUUCACGGCGCAGCCUAUGAUCGCGAGACCCAUCGUUCGUUGCGACGCGCGACACGCACAAGCAAUAGGAUUGCAUCAAGUCAAUUACAUUCAGAACCAGUGUCACAGCGAAGAAGUUCUCAACGUCCGUCUUCUGUUGCGACUCCGAAAUCCCCAGUCGCGUCUUCUGCAGAUACCUCAUCUGGCCUUCACUCUCCGCAAUUAACGCCUAAGAACAAAGGCCGGCGCCGAGUACAAGUCAUUUCACCAUCGUCUCCUGACCAGCAUACAUCGAAGCUCCAGCCAGACGCGCCAUCAAGCUCCCACUUACAACCGUUCCCUUCGUCUUCGGCUGCGACAUCUGAGACAAUGCUUCCAACGCCAGUCAAAACACCCCAAAAGAAGAUGCCGCCCAAGGUGAGGGGCGCGGCCAGGGCGCUCUUUCAAGACGCUACGCACAAUGUCCCAGCGCCCCAAGAACUUGCGCCGAGUCCUAGAAGAAGCCGUAGAAACAAGCGCUACAACGGUUUCUCGCUCGAGAGCUUCAGUGUGGAAGAUGGUGGCGGCCAAGGCCAGAUCCAAAUCUUCACAGAUUCUCGCGACGCGCUCCCACAACUUGACACCAGCAUCUCGAAUCCUUUCAUGACACGCGCCGUAAAUGCAGAGGACUCAUCUACUCGCAAAGUACCUGGUACUGUCAAGCGACGCAAAGUUUCUGGCCAGAAUAGGAUGGACCCGCAAGUGGAAGAGGCAAUUCGCAAGGAUGAAGGCAUGGUCUAUGUUUUUCGCGGCAAGAAGGUCUACAGACGCUUUGAUGACGGCGGCGAGGAGGAAGAAGAGAUUGACCCCGAGGAGUUGGGACUGCUGGAACAUACUCCGAGUCGAUCCAGUGUCAGACCGUUGAAGACGCUUACGCGACGUUCCAUCAAGCCUACGCGUCUAUUCCAAACCGAAAAACUGCAACGCGCAGCUGAAGCGGAAAAGGAAGAAGAAGCCCCGACUGAUAUCGAGGAUGACGAAGAUUCUGGCACCGUUAGACCAGACCAGUCCAAUGUCAGCAAAAGUAACGACCCCGUUUCUGCUCCGAGUACUGUUCGGUCGCUACGCUCCUCAAAGAAGCCCAACACCAUUGCUGCAGAUGAGAUCCCACAACGGGAAGUUACUGUCCAUCAACAAGCCAAGAAGGCCAAGCAGGGCAGUCCGUUCGACACUUGGCCCAGGGUCAAGUCAGGCAUGCGUUCUUCCGGGACCUCAGCGAAGUUUAGGAAGCGAUCUGCAGACGAGUCUCUCGAUGACAAUACUGAGUCCAGAACCGUGGAGUCAAAGAGGUCAAGAACUUGA